AAUCGGAAACAACUUAUUUACCGAGAGAGAGAGUACUAGUAGAGUGACUGUCUGCCUCCUUGAUCUCAUCACCUGAGAAAUCCUUAAUGCAACUGAAAGUUCUUCCAUUUCUGAACAUCCAAGCUUCCUUGCGACAACCAAGACUAGAAUUCUCCAUUUUCUCAGGAUUGUUCUAGUCAUGGCUGAAACAGAGGUUCCGGUAUACUGUUACUGGAAAGGUUGCAUCAAGUAUGGCUCUGAAGGCGUUUACUAUGAAGGACCUGCUCCUAAAAAGAUUAUAGUGCACCCAAAGAUUGCAUUGAACCGAUUGUUGGAUGAGAUGUAUGUGCUUACUGGAGUAGAUGUUGACAAGCAGAGAUCCAAAGUCAAAAUAUUUGGUAGGUAUCCUUCUGUUGUUGGACACUCCAAGUUUCAGUAUCUGCUUCUGCCCGUGGUGAACAACAGUAGUUUGGAGACAAUGCUUGAGGUUCCGAGAAAACACCCUUCUGUCAAGAUUGUGGAGUUGUAUUUGGAAGUGAAGUCUGAGGGGGUUACUGGUCCUGCUGCUUGUUCCUCGAAACGACAGAAGACUGUUAAGGUAGAGAGGGAUAGCAGUACUGGCAACAUUGGAGAUGCUGCAGUAGACGCUGAGAUGACAGAUGUUAAUAACAUUUCUGGUUCAAAUGCUGUAGCACAGGUGGUUAAUUUGGCAGGGGAUAAGGAUUUGAAUAAAGAGUCGAAUCCUGGUGUUCCAAAGCCGUGUCUAUCUAGUUUGUGGCUUGACGAUCAUGACUUGCGUGUAGGAUUGUGCUUCAAAGAUGCUGAUGAGCUGAAGAAGGCUGUGGAUUGGUGUUCCAUUAAAGGAAUGCAAAAGUGUGUAGUAAGAGAGACUGGGACGGACGAGUGUAUGUUUGAGUGCAUCAAAUGGAGAUGCAAGUGGUCACUUGGGGCUGCUAAAAUGGAAAAGCAUGGACUUUUCGAGAUAAUCAAGUACAAUGGUCCUCAUACAUGUUCUCCCAUUGAGCCGGAAAAUUCUAAUUCAGAGUUUGAAGCAGAUGAGAUUGAGCGUUUGGUUCGGAGACAUCCAACGCUAUCAUUUUCAGAGUUGAAGAAGUGGUGGAAAGCAAAUAUUGGGUAUGAGCUUCAAACUUGGGAGGUGCGGGCUGCGAAAGAGGAGGCUAUUAAAAGAGCAUUUGGAGAUCAGAGUUUUGAAGAUUUGCCCAAGUUAAUGACUGCCUUGUGUUCGUCUAAUGGACUGCUAGUUGACUGGAAAUACGAUCUUUUUCCUAAUCCUAAGUUUGCAUCAUUCUGUGGAGUGUUUUGGGCAUUUCCACAGUCUGUCCAAGGGUUUCAACACUGUAGACCUCUGAUCCUAGUGGACACCAAAGAGCUGAAAGGUAAGCACCAGUUGAAAUUGAUGAUUGCCUCAGGGGUGGAUGCAGCCGACUAUUAUUUCCCUCUUGCCUUUGCGGUGACCAAGGAAGUGUCCUCAGAUACUUGGCGUUGGUUUCUGACUAAUAUCAAAGAGAAAGUUACCCAAAGGAAAGGUCUUUGCCUCAUCUCCAGUCCCCACCCGGACAUACUCUCUGUUAGGUCUCAGUGGAAAGAACCAUGGGCUUAUCACAGGUUCUGUCUGAAACAGUUCUCAUCCCAAUUCUGUCGAGAUUUUUCAGAACUGGAGAGUCUCUUGGAGCAAGCUGGAGAAACGGGUCAGAAGGAGGAAUUUGAAACACACAUGGAGAGAAUUAAAAAGGAGAAUCCAGAAGCUAGGAGAUGGUUAGACCAAAUCCCCCCAAAUCAGUGGGCUCUGGUUCAUGAUGGUGGUAGGAGAUAUGGAUACAUGGAUAUAGAUACAACAAGUUUGUUUGCAGUUUGUAGAGGCUUUGAGUUGGCUGAUCAUGCAGUGACUGGUUCUGUUAUGCUUCUCUUUGAUGAGCUGAGAAACCGCUUUGAUGACCUUUCUCAUUUCAGUCGUGGCUCUCUUAAUUCUGGCCAUGUGUACACCAAACCUGUCACUGACAAGCUUGAAGAGUUCAGGACAGCUACGGUUACUUACAUUGUAAUGCCGUUAGACAAUAACGCGUUUAAGGUCGCAGAACCAGCACAAAAUGAUGAAUGGAUCGUCCAGUUGAGCGAAUGUACCUGCACAUGUGGGGAAUUUCAAAGCUACAAGUUCCCAUGCCUGCACGCUCUAGCUGUAUGCAAGCAGCUGAAAAUCAACCCUUUGCAGUAUGUAGACAACUGCUACACUUUUGAACGGAGUUACAAAACUUAUGCCGCCACUUUCUCUCCUGUUCCGGAGCUAGCAGCUUGGCCGGAAGCUUCUGGAGUUCCGAGAUUGUUUCCUCCGGUCAUUCCGCCACCACCUCCACCUCCAUCUAAAGUAUCAGGUAAGUCCCAAAGCAAGGCCACUCCAAAAACUAAUAACAAGAAGAGCUGAUAAAAAGGUAGAGAGGUUUGAACCGAACUUAACCGAACCGGGCAUUUUGGUGUGUAUUGGUCUUUUAUUUAUGAAACUAGUAGCUUUUGACUUUUGGGAAGUAAGGUUAAUCCGGUUUCGGAACUUAGUAGCUUUUUUGGUCUAACCGGGCAUUUUAGUAUGGUUAUGUAACUGACCGACUUCUAUUAAGUAAUCGGAUAAGACUGAUGUA